AUGUCGGGCUCCAACCAAGAAGAGUCUGCUGGGUCGAAACCCGACGAGGAAAAGAUUGCGCAAUUGCCACAAACAAACACUCUAGACGCCCUUCAUAAUCCAUACUUUGUCGACGCAACGAAGCCUUCGUCAGCGAGUAAAAGUCUCCCACCAUGGCUCGACCAUUUCAACGCAAAAGACAUAAAGAGGCUAUUCAAAUCUUCUCUGGCUGUCUGGAUCAUGGCUGUUCUGAUGCUCAUUGAACCAUGUCUGAGAGCGAUAGGUCGAGCAACAUUUCUUGGAUGCAUCAUCCUUUUUAUUGCUCCUCCAGCUGGUAUCGUAUUUGUUCAGCUGAUGGUGGUUAUUUCCGUUUUGCUUGGCUGCUCUCUUAGUUGGGCCUGGGGUGUCAUCACAAUGAAAGCUGCCGUCGCGACGUGGCCGCAAGCUGAGAAGCAGGCUCGAUUCGCCACGCUUCAGCAAGAGGCGGCAAAUACCACAGAUCCGCUGCAAUAUGCAGAGGUCCAGAUUCUCAAUGGCUACAUGUUGAAUACGAACGUGACCAUCACCUAUUUUUGCAUGAUGGGACUAUUCGUCUACUUCAUGGCCCGGCUUCGCGUUGCAUUCCCCAAACUCAUACUCGUGCAAGUUGUGGCUUCAAUUGUUACUGUCGUGUAUCUCGAUGCCGCACCACUUUUGCCAACCUUCGUUGGAACACUUGCCAAGGUUAUCGUCAUUCCCUGCUCCGUCGCUGCCGGGAUUGGCCUCGUCUGCAAUAUUUUCGUCUUCCCUACGUCCUCCACAUCCGAAGCACUCGAUGGCAUGCGAGAUGUCCUCGCUCUGAUGCCCGAAUUCUUAGAUGCCUCUGUUCUCGGCCUCAAGCAUCCAACCCUAGACCUGAGCGAGGCCAAGUUGACCGGACUGCGAACUGGGGUGCUUUCGGCCUACAAGCUCCUAGGUCCUCUUUUCAGAAUCCUGCCGAUUGAUUUGUCUGUCGGAAGAUGGGGCUCAGAUGACCUAUCGACAUUAAUUGAGCCUUUUCGCCAGCUCACUAUUAAUUUUGUCGCCCUCACGGAACUCUACAGACAAACCCAAGUGCGAAAGGAAAAGAGCAUCGAUGCAUUGAAUCGUGCAUUAGCUAGCAAUGACGGGAGCAAUAGUGACCAGCGGACGGUCGAGCUUGGGCAACAACAGAUUGAUCGAGAGUUUGAUUUCCGCGUUAGGUCGGACUAUCCUCUCAGAAACGUUCUGAUCAAGGAGAGUAUCCAGUCAUUGGUGAAUCCAGGCGAUCACCUGGUUGAUGCAUGCAAAGAAUCUCUCCAAGCUAUCAGCGAGGCAUUGGCCCAGGCUCAUGCCCUUCGAAAGAACCCUGGCCAGUCGGAAAUGCAGCAGAGGCACGCUGCUGUGCUCUCCAAACUCCGCGAGCAGCGCGACAUCUUCAUGGCCUCGACUUCGCGAUCCCUUGCUGAGAUUUCUCGAAAAAGUUGUGACGACGAUGGACUUUCAAGAGGUGGCAUUGCCUCAUCGUUUGCCGGGCUCAUGCUGGGGAUUCUUCUCCAGGAGCGGUUGUUCCGGCUGGCAGACGCUAUAGACCAAGUUCUCACCAGAAUUGUGGAACUAGAGGGGAUGAGAACCAGGCUUCGAGUCUGGUUUCCAAGUCGAUUGACGGCACUCCUCAGAUGGAUCGGCCAUGAAGACUCUUCGGAGGAUGCAGUGACGGCUGCGGACCUCGGCGACCGUCUUAGGCGUACCUCGACCGUCACUUCAGUAAGCCCCAAUUUGCAGGCUAAAUCUGAGACCUCAGAUCCCUAUGCGAAAUCAGCACGAGCUGAAUUGGUUCGUAUGCGGGCACCCAACGGCCGUAAGAGAAGCCGGGGAGGCAGAAUCGUUCUAGCUAUCACGAACUGGUUUGGAAAUGAAGAAAGCUUCUUUGCUCUUCGAAUGGUUGUGGUCACUCUUGCCCUUUCAGUUCCUGCCGUCGUUAAGUCCACCGCAGGCUUCUUCUACCGCAAUAGAGCCCUGUGGGCUGUCAUCAUGGCUCAGUUGACUUUGGUUCCAUAUACAGCCGAACUACUCUUUGGAAGUCUUAUACGAGUCUUUGGCACCAUCAUCGGCGGUGUCAUUGGGAUGGUGGCAUGGUAUAUAGGCGCUGGAAACGGUCCUGGGAGUCCGUACGGCCUUGCCGCUAUCUUCGCGCCUGCUAUUAUCCUAAUGAUGUGGUGUCGUCUAUUUACUUCUCCUGCUAUGAUGCCUGCGGGAAUUAUGAUGGGUGCGACAGCGUUCCUUGUUGCUGGCUACAGUUGGAGCGAUACACAGAUCCCGCAAUACGGCACUCCCGGCGUGGGCUAUGCGGUCUUCUGGCGGCGUGUUGUCACUGUACUUGUCGGUAUUGCAGGUGCCCUUGUUGUAAAUUUUAUACCAAAACCGCCCUCUGCAAAUCGCCAUUGCCGACACCUGCUCGCCGAUACUCUCGUCAGCGUUCGAGAUCGAUACGCUCUCUUUGCGUCCAGUUGGAAGGAUCCUGCUCCUGAUCUGCGCCAAGUAGCUGAAGAAGAGGGUUUAGCAGUUGGCGAGACGCUCCUGGCAAUCUCAGGAUCCAUAAAGCUAACGGUAUUGGAGUUUUCAUCCUCUAAUUUCGACACGAGAACGCUAGUCUUGGUUUGUAACCAAUGUAUGAUUCUUAACCAGAAUAUCACACUGCUGCUGCAAUAUACGACCCGACUCUCCGAGGGCGAAAGAGCAAGAAUCAUCCCAGCUACAGGCGCCAUGAAUGAGAAUCUCGUCACCGAGCUAAUGGGCGUGCUCUCUAUCGUUCAACAGGCGCUCAAGAGCGGCGACCCUCUACCAGCAGUGUUGCCCACGCCAUUGUUCACCAAGGCUGUUGCCCAUGCGCGAGAACAGGUUGCGGAGGGAAUCAGCCGCUCGAGCGACCUCCCGUGCAGCUUCCCGAACAAAGAGAAUGUCGACAGCGAAGUAAUGAGGAAUUUCAUUGUUAUUUUGAAUUCCUUGGUACAAUUGCUCGCGGCCUUGGACGAGCUGGUGCUGAUUUUAAAACGGGCGGUCGGUGAGACGAGUAGCAUUAUGAUGCUAGAGACUGUGUAA